AUGAGAUUCCUGAUCACAAUUUUUGUUCUUUUAGCCUCCGUUGCUAUCCUUGCUCAAGCAUCACUUAUUAAAGAACAACGUUCUGAAACUCCGUAUACUAAACUCUCGAAAUUUCACACUGCGGCUGUAUACAAUUUAAAUAAUGACAUAAAAGCAUUGACGAAAUCACUUGAUAAGGAAACAAGGAAAAAACAUAUGGCCUAUAUACAAAAUCUUUACAAUGCUGUUAAUAAAGUGCAAAAUGUUACAAAUAAUUUUUUGAGUCAUUUUGGUAGUAUUUAA